CUUCAAGAAAUUCUGCGACAGCAUUCAGCACCACCGACGGACCGCCGGAACCAGCCACAAACAUGCUCCGAUCCUGCCGGCCAACACGGUUACUUGCCCGGACCCGUCAGCCAUGGAAUACUCCCCAAGGUAGCCACUCGUUGGUUCAGGGGAGGACACUUGCCACUGCCGUUAGCCAAGGCAUCAGGGUGCGACCCCCCAGCAAAGUACUGGAGCCGACAGAGCGCGACUUAAUUACCACCCUGCCCAAUGGCAUUCGCGUAGCCUCGGAGGAUCUUCCCGAUGCCUUCUCAGGCGUGGGUGUCUACAUCGACGCCGGGUCGCGGUUCGAGAACCAGUCGGUGCGCGGCGCGAGCCAUAUUAUGGACCGGUUAGCUUUCAAGUCGACGGGGUCACGAUCUGCCGACGAAAUGCUGGAGGCGGUCGAGAAGCUGGGCGGCAACAUUCAAUGCGCAUCCUCUAGGGAGUCCAUGAUGUAUCAGGCGGCCACUUUCAACGCCGCCAUUCCCACCACAGUUGCCCUAUUAGCCGAGACGAUCCGCGACCCGAAGCUCAGCGACGAGGAAAUCGAACAACAAAUCGAAACGGCCGAGUACGAAGUAAGGGAGAUUUGGUCGAAGCCCGAACUGAUCCUGCCCGAGCUGGUGCACACCGCUGCGUUUAAAGACAACACCCUCGGAAACCCGUUGUUGUGCCCACAGGAGAGGUUGGGCGCUAUCAAUAAGGAGGUCAUCCAGACGUACAGGGAUGCUUUCUAUCAGCCCGAGCGGAUAGUGGUGGCCUUCGCUGGUGUCCCACACGUAGAAGCCGUCAAGCUGGCUGAGAAACACUUUGGGGAUAUGAAGGCAACACCGCCAACGCUCUCGAGGACGGGUUCAGAAACAUCACUCGACUCAGCAGGGUCAGAAGCCAGCGGCGCAUCUAGCCCCUCGGCCUCGUCAUCCUCUACAACCUCUAGCCCAGAAUCCUCCGGGCUGCUCUCCAAAAUCCCGUUCCUCAAGAACUUCUCGUCCAGCGGCGCCUCCUCUCCCGGCCCCAUCAUUCCCAUCUCCUCUGAAGAUCUGUCCCGCCCAGCCCACUAUACCGGCGGCUUCCUCUCCCUCCCGCCUCAACCGCUCCCGCUGAACCCCCACCUCCCCACAUUCACGCACAUCCAGCUCGCCUUCGAGGGCCUGCCCAUCUCCUCCGACGACAUCUACGCCCUCGCGACGCUACAAACCCUCCUCGGGGGCGGCGGCUCCUUCUCGGCCGGUGGGCCCGGCAAGGGCAUGUACUCGCGCCUGUACACCAACGUGCUGAACCAGCACGGCUGGGUCGAGUCGUGCGUCGCCUUCAACCACUCGUACACCGACUCGGGCCUGUUCGGCAUCGCCGCCUCGUGCUACCCGGGCCGCACCACCGCCAUGCUGCACACCAUGUGCCGCGAGCUGCAGGCCCUGGGCGCCGAGGGCGGGAGCCUGGCCCUCAACCCCAUCGAGGUCGCCCGCGCCAAGAACCAGCUGCGCAGCAGCCUGCUCAUGAACCUCGAGAGCCGCAUGGUCGAGCUCGAGGAUCUCGGGCGGCAGGUGCAGGUCCACGGGAGGAAGAUCCCCGUCAAGGAAAUGACGCGCAAGAUUAACGAGCUGACCGUGAAAGACUUGAGGAGGGUGGCGAAGAUGGUGGUGGGCGGCAUGGUGGAGAACAAGGGCAAGGGCAGCGGCGCCCCGACGGUCGUGCUUCAGGAGGCGACGGCACAGGGUGUGGCGACGGCCACGCUGCCGUGGGAACAAAUGCAGGAUAUAAUCCACCAGUGGGGGCUAGGGAAGGCAUAGAUGAAAACGGGGUGUGUGGUAGUGGUGUAAGAUCAGACGCACUGUGUAGAGCGACAGUGGUGGAUUGUAUAUCAUGACUUUAAGAAGUGUAUAGACCAGCAUUUGAUCCUCUGUUAAUGAUGUGUGCCUGUUCGGG